AUGACGAUAGAGUCGUUUUCGGGGAGCUCGGGUUGUCUGAGAGGUAGCGAUGCCAAGAUUACGUAUUUUAGCAAUUCCUAUGUGUUGGGGUUGACUGUUGUUGCGGGUAUCGGUGGCCUGCUCUUCGGCUAUGAUACCGGUGUUAUAUCAGGAGCACUUCUGUAUAUACGGGAUGAUUUUGAGGUAGUUAAUCAGAGUAACUUUCUACAGGAAACAAUUGUGAGCAUGGCUCUAGUUGGGGCCAUGAUUGGAGCUUCAGUAGGGGGCUGGAUCAAUGACGUUUUUGGGCGUAAGAAAGCUACCCUCUCUGCAGAUGUUGUGUUCACAAUUGGAUCCAUUUUCAUGGCAGCAGCCCCAAAUCCAUACGUACUAAUUUUUGGUCGACUCUUGGUUGGCCUUGGCGUUGGUGUAGCAUCUGUGACUGCUCCUGUGUAUAUUGCGGAGGCUUCCCCAUCAGAAGUCAGGGGUGGCCUAGUGAGUACAAAUGUGCUUAUGAUCACUGGUGGACAGUUCCUUUCUUACCUUGUCAACCUUGCCUUUACUGAGGUUCCUGGCACAUGGCGUUGGAUGCUUGGUAUAGCCGCAGUGCCCGCUAUUCUUCAAUUUUUUCUCAUGCUAUUUUUGCCCGAGUCUCCUCGUUGGUUGUACAUGAAGGAAGACAAAACAGAAGCCAUUGUUGUGCUUUCGAAAAUUUACGACCCGAUAAGGUUGCAAGAUGAGAUCGACCAGCUGGCAACAGCUCUCGAGGAAGAGCGUCAGAGAGACACUCGUGUCAGCUACUCUGACGUCUUCAGAUCAAAAGAGUUGAGGCUCGCUUUUCUGGCUGGUGCUGGCAUUCAGGCUUUCCAGCAGCUUACCGGCAUCAACACAGUCAUGUACUACAGCCCAACAAUCGUCCAGAUGGCGGGUUUCCGCUCGAACCAAUUAGCUCUACUCCUAUCCCUCAUAGUAGCUUUCAUGAACGCACUCGGUACAGUCCUCGGUAUUUACCUCAUCGACCAUGUGGGCCGUAAAAAGCUGGCGCUCAGCAGUCUCUGUGGCGUAAUAAUCUCUCUUGUUCUCUUGGCUGCCGCUUUCAUCCUCGAGCCAUCAGGAGAUGGGCCCCACUCGCACUACUAUGGCUGGCUUGCCGUUUUGGGCUUAGGACUUUACAUAGCCUUCUUUUCACCUGGGAUGGGCCCAGUGCCGUGGGCCAUCAACUCGGAAAUAUAUCCGGAAGCCUACAGAGGCGUCUGUGGGGGUAUGUCGGCUACUGUGAACUGGAUAUCGAACCUUGUGGUUGCGCAGAGCUUUCUCUCGGUGGUGGAAGCUGUGGGGACGGGCCCCACUUUCUUGAUAUUUGGGGGUGUGGCUGUGGUGGCGUUUGUGUUUGUGGGGGUGUUGAAGGGACCAUUAACCAUAUAG